AUGGAAAAUCAAAGAAAUGAAAAAAUGGAAAAGGAAAUAACGGAAUUCGAUUGCAAUGGAAUCAUCGCUUCAGCUUUCAUCCCCGAACCACCACCGAUUAAAUUGCUUUGUGAUGAAGAAGAAAUAGCGCUUUCAUUUUCUGGGGCUGGCUUCUUGGCUGCAUAUCAUUUCGGAGUGACAGCUUGUUUAGUGAAAAAUGGAGAAGAAUUGUUGAAACGUGUGGAAAAAGUUGCCGGCUGCUCGGCGGGGAGUUUAUGCGCCACGCUAGUCAUUUUAGCUCCAAAUCGAUUAGAAGAAGCAAGACUUGACACCUGCAAUUUAGCUGCUGAAGUUCGAGCACAACCCUUUGGAGCUUUAACACCUGGAUAUUAUUUACAUGAAAGAGUGAAAUCCCUUGUUGACAAGUAUAUUCCUGACGAUAUUUCAGUGGCAAAUGGCAAAUUAUUAAUUUCGGUGACAGAAAAGUCGACGAGGGAAAACAAAAUGAUCUCAGAGUUUGAAACGAGAGAUGAGCUGAUCUCAGCGCUCUCCGCUUCGUGUUUCAUUCCGUUUUAUAGUGGACUCGGAUGUUUACCACCACAACUUCGAGAUCAAGAAUUCGUCGAUGGUGGCCUUAGCAACAAUCUGCCACGAGUUGACGGGAUGAGAACGGUGGCCAUCUCUCCAUUCGCCUCACAUGAUGCCGAAAUCUCUCCCCUCGUCAACACGGCAGCUGAUUGGAUGAUCACACUUGGGCAACAGUCGAUUAAACUAAAUCGUAUCAAUGGUGUUCGUGCAAUGGAUGCUUUAUUUCCGCCACGCCCCGACGUCGUUCAGCGAUAUUAUGAAGAGGGAUUUUCCGAUGCUUUUCGUUUCCUCUGUCUCAACAAUCUCAUCAAGCGACAAAAUGGGACACAAGUU